AUAGUGUGAUCCUUUCCAAUGAAGAGCACUAAAAUAGCAAUCGUAAUCACUCUGUAUACAGAACAAUAUGGAAGACGAUAAUAUUAUUAUUAUAAAUAGGUGGUUUGGCUUUGUUAUAGACGCCAAUCGAAAAUGAGACGUUAACUGUGAUAUCGGGAACAAAAUCCCGUCAAAAAGUAAAAUAUUUUGAAACACUUUUGUGUGUCGUGUUAUUUAAAUUUGUAAGAAUAUAAUUAAUUAAAAUAAGUUAUCAAGUAUAUAUAUUAAUAUUAUUUAAAAAAAUAAAACAUAUUAAGAAUGGAGAAAGCAUUCAAGAAGGGGCACACCCAUUUACAGUGGACUUUUUCUUUAUUAGCAAGUAUUACACUCCUCGCAUAUGGUAUGGAGUGUGGUUGGAUCUCACCAACGACCAAGAUUCUUCAAUCUGAAAAUUCUCCUACCGGCUACCCAUUAUCAGACAAUAUGGUGUCUUGGAUAGCUAGCGCAAUGAGUAUGUCAGCAAUAUUCGGAGUAUCACUGUAUUCAUUUAUCGCUGAUGUCUGUGGUAGAAGGAUUGGUAUAAUACUCAUAGCUAUUCCAGAAGCGAUUUCAUGGAUAAUCAAACUGUCCUAUUCUUCUACAACAACGCUCAUAAUAGCAAGAUUGUUUGCUGGUUUAGCGGCUGGAGGCUGUUUCAACAUUGUGCCAAUGUACGUCAAGGAAAUUAGUCAGGACGACCUGCGAGGGGUUCUGGGUACAUUGCCCAUGCUUCUACAGACCGUGGGCCUACUCAUAAUGUAUAUUAUUGGAGCGUACUGGAGCUAUUUUACAGUGGUCACAAUUGGGCUGAGUUUGCCAAUUUUUACAAUCCUAAUUUUACUCAAAGCUCCUGAAUCUCCCGCAUUCCUAGUAAAACGUGGCAAAAUCAACGAAGCAAUAGAGACGGUUGCAUUUCUGAGAGGGUUAGAAAAGGAUGACCAAAUUGUACAAAGUAUAGUAAACGGUAUGCAGAAAGAAGAGGAGCAUUUUAAAACUCUCCCCAAUCUUAGUAUUGUUGGAAUAGUAAAAGAAGAGUCCUGGCGUCGUGGCUUUAUUCUUAUCAUGUUCAGUUUUACUUUCCAUGGAUUAAACGGCUCGUAUGCCAUAAUGACCUACGCAUCAACUAUCUUAAUUUCAACGGGAGCGAAGUUUGAUAUUAGUCCUGAAAUCCAGACGCUCAGCUUCCCUAUCGUUAUAAUCAUCAGCACUUUAGCACUUGCAGCGUGUGUAGAAAAAUUUGGAAGAAAGCCUCUCCUUGUGGGUGCAUAUCUAGUCUCUGCAUGUUCCAUGUCUGCCAUAGCGAUAAUGAUGAUUGUGCAAGACCAAGGCGUCAAUGUAGCCGGCUGGCUACCAGUUGUAACUAUGAUGUUGGGUGUAGCUAUGUAUGGCGCAGGGAUAUCGCCACUUCCGUACAUCAUUAUGACUGAAAUGUUUAGUUUUCAAAUUCGUGCCAAAGUAGUCGGAGUAGUGGUCACAUUUGCUUGGUUCAUGACGUUCGUCUUGGUGACCAUUUACACUCCAAUGUGCAAUAUUUUUGGACAAUUCUCCCCAUUCGUGUUUUAUGGCGCUGUAAACUUUGGGGGAUUCAUUUUUACAAUGAUAUUCAUACCUGAGACGAAGGGUAAAAGUGAAGAAGAAAUUUUACAGCUUUUGACGAAAAGGAGGGGUUCCCAAAUGCAAAAUGUGAUUUAA